CUGGGGUUAUAAAGCAAAGGAAAGCGGAACCUACGCUGGUUUUUCUUCUGUCUUCACCUCCAGUCCAUUAUCUCCUUGAGGCGUAAACUCGAGCUCGUCGUGCACCUGCCCAGCCUCGCCGUCGCCAUGGCCCUCAGCGAUGCUGACGUGCAAAAGCAGAUUAAGCAUAUGAUGGCUUUUAUUGAACAAGAAGCCAAUGAAAAAGCAGAAGAAAUAGAUGCAAAAGCAGAAGAAGAGUUCAACAUCGAGAAAGGUCGUCUCGUGCAAACCCAGAGACUGAAGAUUAUGGAAUACUAUGAGAAGAAAGAAAAGCAGAUUGAGCAGCAGAAGAAAAUUCAGAUGUCCAAUCUGAUGAAUCAGGCAAGACUCAAAGUCCUCAGAGCGAGAGAUGACCUUAUUACAGACCUACUCAACGACGCAAAACAGAGACUCGGCAGGGUGGUCAAGGAUACAACCAGGUACCAGGUGCUGCUGGACGGACUGGUUCUCCAGGGGAUGUACCAGCUGUUGGAGCCCCGGAUGGUGGUUCGUUGCCGGAAACAGGAUUUCCCUCUGGUCAAGGCUGCUGUGCAGAAAGCCAUCCCCAUGUACAAAAUCGCCACCAAGAAAGAUGCUGACGUCCAGAUUGACCAGGAGGCCUACCUGCCCGAGGAAACCGCUGGUGGAGUUGAGAUCUACAAUGGGGACCGUAAAAUAAAGGUCUCCAACACUCUCGAGAGCCGACUGGACCUCAUUGCCCAGCAGAUGAUGCCGGAAGUGCGCGGAGCCUUGUUCGGUGCGAAUGCCAACAGGAAGUUCCUGGACUAGGCCGGCUGCAGGCGGGCGUGUCUGGUCGCUGAGGCCACAGCAGGCCAAGGUGUCCUCUCUGCUGCUCCAAUCGUCCCUGUGUGUCAUAUGCCCUUCGCCGACUGGUGACAGUCACUAGGAUCAGGAACCUACCUCUCGCUUCUCGGAAGGGAUCACAGCUCUCCGCUGGUCCCGCAGCCUGGCGGUGAAGGAACGGGUGGUGGUUGCAUGGGCCUCGCCGUCUUCGCUCUCCUCUGCUUCUAGUUACCUAGCGCCCCGGUCCUGCAUGGGGCCUCCGCUCUCCAGGCCUGACCUGCGGGUGGAGGGGCUCCACCUGCACGUGUGAUGUAAAAUCCAAGCCUGGAGGCUCUAUUUAUUAAACAAAAGGUUUAUGUUGUAAUUUA